CGUACCAUUUCCUUCCACAAUUGAAGUCGAGACGCUCAGCCAAUUCUGCCGGUGACCCUCUACGAAGAGAAUCUGGCGUCGAACCACAUUACCGUGAUCUGGGGCUGUUGCAGUUGAUACGCGAUGGCAAGAGAAGCAAAAGUCAGACGGUCGAGAUCUGAGUCUGGGGACCCUGACCCGAGAUUGAAGAAGCCGAGAGCGCCGAAGCCGAACCGGGACCGGGGCGUGCCCGAAGCCGAAGCCAAGCCCGCCGUCACCCUCUGCAUCCCAUCACACGGUUUCGAUGGCUGUCAUAGUAUAGAUACUAUAGAUAGUAUAGAGCCGCCUAUACGCCAUGCUACAAAUGCUACAAGGGCCAUCGUUUCGCCCCAGAACCCCGGCUGGAGAUUACCAGUAGCGCCGAAGACCGUCCAGGCACGAGGGCAAAAUCCAACCCCUUCCACUACGCGCAGCGUUGCAAGGCCCAAGGUGCCGCGCAAGUACAUCCGAGAGGGCGAUGACGAUGACCAUCACAAGGAUGAGCAAGGGGGCUCUGAUCCUCACUGUAGUAGGCUCGAGGCCAACACUCUCUUGGUCAGCGAUAUCCCAGCUGUCAUAAAAUUCUACCACACCCGCUUCAAGGAGCUCACCAUGAAGCCACUUCGACAAAUCGUGACCGCCUGGGUCAAACGAUUGGAACCAUCCCGGAACCGCGAUUAUGGUCCGUAUGACAAAACAGUUACUCCUGCCACAGCAAAAUCCGGCACUUGCCCGCCCUGGUGGCCAAAGAAUACACCAUACACGGAGCCCUCUCAUCUGAAAUCAAACCAUCUCAUACCUUUGGCAAUCGAGAUCAUGAUGGUGCAUCGUGACGUAGAUGAGAAGAAGCGCACGCAAUCAUGGAUGGAGAAUCUCGAAAAAGAUGCCAUCUAUCAUAUCGACACUACUCCUGACGACUCUUUCUCUUCAUCCAAGGAAGCAGCAUACCACAAGUGUAUGAAAGAACGGGCCACACAAAUCAUAACUAAUCUUUUCAGCAUCGCCAAAUCCCACGAGGCCUAUAUCCUUACCGAGGGCUGUGGUUCGGAUAACAAGGUUACUUGGUACUAUGUUCCCAAACCCCAACGUCUGACGAAUCGUAAACGAAAGCGAGCGCAGUCGAUGCAAGAUGCUACCCGGAGUGACACAGAACCCGACGACGUGACCUCUUAUACGCAAUCUUUUCGGUCGAUGGACAGCAACUAUAACACACGAGAAGUUUCGCCUGAGCAAGAUUUCAUUCCUCCAAAAGCUGUCGAUUCCGUCUACCCGGGAAUGUGCCAUACCAGUUUUGCUGGGGCUUUGCCGUCUUAUUAUACUCCCCCUGUAAAUUACCUGCCUUCAGCCAACAAUGCAGAUGACCACUGCAAAAAUAUAAUACCCGCUGGUACAACGGAAUUUCCCAGCGUCAACAACAUCUACCCGACUAAUAGUUACGUAUAUCAACCCUCGGACCCCGCUUUCGUGGGCGGAGUACCAUACUACUUUGAUCCAAACACCGGCAUGUAUUCGUGGAAUUUGGAUAUGUAUACAGCACCGAGCACGCAACCAUUUCCAGGGGUUCAAGCCCUACCCCUGUCCGGCCAGAGAGACAAGUAUGAUCUCACGGGCUAUCCACAUGGGUUGUAA